GAAACAAACCGGCGGGAACCACUUUUAAUUAUGGCCAGUUUGGGCGCGCCAUCUCCCUUCACCCUUAUCUGCAUAGCGCGCAACUGCAGCUGCAGACAGACUUCUAAACUAUAAAAAAAAAAAACGUUAGCUAGCAACUUUUUGAGCUAAAACAGAAGCAAAUCCCUAGCGCAGAGACAUCAGACAUCCGUCAGCGCGGAUUGCCUGGUGGGCCUGAUAGAUAUUCUUCUUGGCGAGGAGAGCUCGGGUAAACCAAGACCGCCACCUGAGAUCGAAGCUAGGGGAGAGAAAAACCAUCACCUGCGCCCUCGAAUUGUAUUGUCUCAGAGGUUUUUCGAAUUUUCGGCUGUGGCCUGAGAUUUCCCCUUGCGCCUACGAAUCAGGAUCAAUUCAAUGCGAGUAUGACCCAUGUUCAAGCCAUAUCCAUCUUGAUCUCCACCUUUCACCAUGGCAAGAAUGCUUUGGCUAUUGAUCAGAGAACCUUUGCCAAGUACACAGAAAAAACAGCUUUUGAGAGGCCAUUAAUGAGUGGUGUGGCAUAUGCUAUAAGGGUCCUUCACUUGGAAAGGGAGAAGUUCGAGAGGCAACAAGGUUGGUCCAUAAGAAAGAUGAACACCGUUCAACAAAAUCCAGUUCAUAAGGACAUUCACAUGCCAGAGAAGUUUGAGCCAUCUCUAGUCCAAGAGGAAUAUGCUCCAGUGAUCUUGGCUCAAGAUACUGUUGCUCAUAUGGUUUCUCUUGAUCUGCUGUCCGGGAAAGAAGAUUGUGACAAUGCGCUACGAGCAAGAGAAUCCGGGAAAGGGGUACUAACUACUCCUUUUAGGUUAUUGAAAACCAAUCGCCUUGGUGUAAUUUUGACAUUUGCUGUCUAUAAAAGGGAUCUCCCUUCAGAUGCAACUCCAAAGGACAGGGUGGAAGCUACUGAUGGGUAUUUGGAAGGUAUCUUCGACAUCGAGUCACUCGCAGAGAACUUAUUUCAACAGUUUGCAGGCAAAAAAACCAUCCUGGUUAACCUAUAUGACACAACUAAUCGUUCUCAGCCAAUCAGUAUGUAUGGCUCCGAAGUAUAUGUGGACAAAUUGGAGCACGUGAUUGCCCUUAACUUCGGUGACCCCCUUCGAAACCAUGAAAUGCGUUGCAGAUUCAAGCACAAAGCUCCAUUGUCGUGGCUUGCAAUAACGACUACAGGUUCUACUCUUGUGAUUACUUUGCUUCUCGGAUACAUAGUCUUUGCAACCAUGAACCAUAUGGCCAAAGUACAGGAGGAAUACAAUCGGAUGGUUGAGUUAAAGAAAAAGGCUGAGGCUGCUGAUGUUGCAAAGUCUCAGUUUCUUUCUACUGUUUCUCAUGAGAUUAGGACCCCAAUGCAUGGUGUAUUAGGAAUAUUAGAUAUCCUUUUAGACACUGAUCUUGAUGUGACGCAACAAGACCAUGUCCGAACCGCACAAGCUAGUGGAAAAACUCUUGUCUCACUUCUGAAUGAGGUGUUGGACCAAGCAAAGAUAGAGUCUGGGAAGCUUGAUCUUGAAUCCGUACCGUUUGACCUUAGAGCCAUUAUGGACGAUGUUUUGUCUCUCUUCUCUGGGAAGUCUCAGGAGAAUGGGGUUGAGCUGGCAGUCUAUAUCUCUCACCAUGUUCCUGAUAUGCUCAUCGGUGAUCCGGGAAGGUUCCGACAAAUCAUCACCAAUCUCAUGGGAAACUUAAUUAAAUUCACUGAGAAAGGACACAUUUUUGUUACUGUCCAUCUUGUUGAGGAAGUGAUGGAAACCACAGACAUUGAAAGAGAAGCAUCAUCAAGAAACACACUGAGCGGGUUUCCUGUACCAGAUAAACGCCGUAGUUGGGCAGGAUUCAAAAAUAUUGGUCAAGAUGGACGCAAUUGCUCUCUCUCUCCCGACCGUAUCAGUGUGAUUGUGUCGGUGGAGGAUACAGGAGAAGGUAUUCCUCAAGAAGCUCAACCUCGCAUCUUUACUCCUUUUGUUCAAGUUGGUUCAUCCAUCUCUAGGAAACAAGCAGGAACCGGAAUUGGCCUUAGCAUAAGCAAAUGUUUGGUGACCCUAAUGGAUGGAGAACUUGGGUUUGUGAGCAUACCAAAGGUUGGUUCCACCUUCACAUUUACCGCGAGUUUUACAAUUGGUUGCUCGAAACAAUCUAAGAUUAUCUACCCAGAGUUUCAAUGCAUGAGAGCCUUAGUCGUUGAUUCUAGGCAAGUUAGAGCCAUUGUCUCUAAAUACCAUGUGCAAAGGCUUGGAAUUCAAGUAGAAGUAGUUCCUUCUUUAGACCAUGCUUUGUCUACUAUAAGUAUCGGGAAUGCGAUUUUCAGCAUGGUCCUAGUUGAACAAGUUGUUUGGGAUGCGGAUUCAGCAGUUUCUUCUCUCUUUGUCAACAAAUUAAGAAAACUUGACCAGCAACUUAGUUCAAAGCUAUUCAUCCUAGCAAACUCUGUUAACCAUUCCAAAAAAAGAGACAUGCUUGAGCUUCAUGGGUUGAGUAUAAUCAUGAAACCACUGAGGUCAAGUAUGUUGGCUGCGUCUUUGCAAAGAGCAAUAGGUGUGGGGAACAAGGGGAAUCUUCGGGAGCUCUCUAGUUUGUCUAUUUCGGGAUUACUUGCUGGAAGGAAGAUUCUUGUUGUGGAUGACAAUUAUGUGAACCUUAAGGUAGCUGCUGGUGCCUUGAAAAGAUAUGGAUCGCUGAUGUGGUCUUGGCUGAGAGUGGCGAGAAGGCACUCUCUUUUCUCGAGCCUCCUCACACAUUUGAUGCCUGCUUCAUGGACGUCCAAAUGCCUGCAAUAGAUGGCUUUGAAGCUACAAGAAGAAUUAGGGAAAUGGAAGAUAACAUCAAUGACCGAAUUCAGAAUGGAGACGCAUCAAUUGAAGCAUGUAGAAAUAUCUCAAAUUGGCAUGUACCUAUAUUGGCAAUGACAGCUGAUGUCAUCCAAGCUACACAAGAUGAAUGCAUUCGAUGUGGGAUGGAUGGAUAUAUUUCCAAACCGUUUGAAGGCGAGCAUUUGUAUCGGGAACUUUCGCGUUUUUUCACAAGUUCACCUCUGAUGAAAUGUAUAGAGAACUUUUGAAUGAUUGGAUAGCUCAAUCAGAAGAAUGGUUCCUUGGUCAGUUCGUAAACUGCUCAAAUGGUUGUCAUAUUUUGCUCCUAUAUAGUGAUUCUGGAACUUGAAUGAAGGAACACUUUUUCAUGCA